UCACCCGUUACGAAGAACGAGCAAUCAAAAGUUCAAUCUCCCAAAAAAGUCCCAUCACCCAAAAAAGUCCCAUCACCCAAAAAAGCUCCAUCUCCUAAAAAGCCGGCAGAAAAUCCUGACGAAUCUAAAGAUGCAAUCAAAUCCUCGAAGCCCUCGAAAAUUAAGGGCAAAUCUAGCACUUCUCCAGUUAAGUUGACUCCAUCUCCAGCUAAGAAGCUAAAUAAGAGAAAAAAAGUUUCUGAUGUCCUCUCUAAUGUCAGCUCUACUAGAGAGUCCACCGGACUUUCAGACAAGACUCCGAAGAAGGUAAAAUUUGACGAUGAAUUGACCAAAACUCAAAAAAAUAAAAGUCUACCGGAAUCAACGCCUAAAAGUGAACUCAAGCCUAUAAUUAAAAAGACACCAUCUGAGACUAAACAAAAAAUUCAGAAACCAACAAGAGGCAAGAACUUGCCAGAACAAAGAAGAAGAAACAAACUCAAGCUGUAAUGAAAUAUUAUGUUUUCUUGCUUGGAAAUCGUAUGCGACAUUCAAUUGACUCGUUUUUCAGUGACAUUAUCUGAUAAUUUCAGACAAAAUUUCAAUUUAAUUAAACAGUUAAAAGCUGGCUGUUGACUUGUUUUAUAUUGAUUUUCAUGUUGAGCGCCAAAAAUAUAAAAUCAUUCAUGUGAACAUGUUCUCACCUGUUGUUGACACCUUGUUGUAGCAACCAUCAAUGACGGUGCACUUCACUUAGUAAUCAAUAAACAAAUGAUAUUUUUACUGUGUUAAUUUGAAUUUGAAUUCAUUGUUCAUAUUUCCAGCGGUAAAUCACAAUUACAUUAUUUAUAAACGUUUUCUACUUUUAAUUAUGGAAUUUCCUGAUUUAGGCAAACAUUGUUCUGACUUGAGCUGUAAACAGCUUGACUUUUUGCCCGUUGUAUGUGAUGCCUGUAACAAGGUAUUUUGUUUAAAUCAUUAUAAAUACGAAGACCAUUCAUGUGCACAUUCUCACCAAAGAGAUAAUCAAGUUCCCGUUUGUCCUUUGUGCAAUAAACCCGUUCCAUUGCGUAAAGGUGAAUCGCCCGAUUUAAGAGUUAAUCAACAUAUCGAAGAUGAAUGUCAAGAUGGUCGAGCUUUGAAGAAAAGAAGUACAAUCUACAAAAAUCGUUGUACUUUUGAAAGGUGUAAGCAAAAAGAGUUGGUGCCUAUUACUUGUGAUAUUUGUAGAAAUAAUUUUUGCCUUAAACAUCGCCAUCCUUUGGACCAUAAAUGUGCCUCUAAGAAAGGAAAUACUGACACCAGAAAUGGGAAUAGAAAUGGAUGGAGUUUAUCCAAGGCUGGUGAAGCUGCACUUCGUCGAAUGACCUCCUCCAAUAGCAAUAGCAAUAGAAGCAGUAAUAAUAGCAGGAGAGAUAAUACUGUGAAUCAAGGAUCAUCAUCGAAAAUAAAAUCUGUGCAAGGAAAUUUGACUGAAGAUGAAGCCCUUGCCUGGGCCUUGCAACAAUCGUUAAAUGAGCAAACCUCUAAAGCAAGUGUUUCUACACCAGAUGACCAAUUGUUCAGUUCAACAGGAGAUAGAAGUCAACGCGAUGUUAGGGGAAUAAAUAAAGAUAAAUGUUCACUUGCAUGAGACCCGAUUCAAAAUGGUUCUGAAGGAAUACAAUUUAAAUAUUAAUAGAAAAUCAUGUUAACCUAUUACAUCACAUACAUUUUACCCAAGUUCACGAAACUACGUAAAUAAAAUUGCAUAAGAUACAAUUGUAUA